GAUGGUAUAAAUACUAAAUCAAUCAAUUGGACUUGUCACAAUUCCUUAGGGACACAGUCCGGAGCAACUUCAGCUAGUUUCAUUCAGACGAGAUUUGGCUCGGCUCGGAAGUGGAGGCAGUGACAAUGAAAGUGAUACUGGCGUUUUGCGCAUUCUUGGGUCUAACCGCAGCUCAACGGGAAGAUUCGCUCAACGUCAUCAGCAGCUUACGACAAGUUCAACCCGCGUAUCGAGAUUUACAAAAUUUUGUCGUUGCGGUAGUGUCAAAUGCCAAAAUCAACAGUUCUGAUGUGAUUUUUGCAUUUCACGAGCAAAUUUCCUCGUCCAAGGAAAGCUUCCUCAGAUCAGCUAUUGGAAAGGAAGCUAGCACCUUGUACCAAAUUAACGGUCAAAACCAGAAUCUCGACGCGAGCUGCCUCAACCUUUUGCGCAGCAGCAUCGAAGUCAACAUCAAUCUGGCGGGAGUUUCGUUCAGCAACUGCAUCACGGCCGUCGACGGUCGCCUCAAUACGGAAAUCUCCCAGAUUUACCGCGAGCUGGAAUUGAACGAAACUUCCUUCGUGAACAUCAGCAUCUACGAUGUGUUCCGCGGUCAGAACAUCUUCAUGAACCCGCAGGUCAUCACCGAACUGUUGCAAGCCAAGCUGGCUCAGCUGCAGCAAUCUCCUACGGGAUUGGUUGCCGAACUAUCUCAGCUUGUUGACGGUUUUCGCGGUCGGCUGGAUCUGGUUCGGGCAGCCUACGGUCAGUGUUUGAACGCCAAUGACCAGCUGCUGCAAACGGCCGUCAAUACUGUGCUGGUUCAGCUGCAGCAGAUUUGUCAGGGUGCGCUGAUCCCGGAUGUAACCACCGUGGGGCCGACCACGGUUGACCCAGAAACACCGGAACUGACCACUCCGGAGUUGACAACGACUCAAGUGCCCGAGACCACACCUCCAUCCACACCGGAGCUGACGGCGGCUCAAACGGAUGGGCCCACUGUCGAACCUCCAGCUUACAUCAACUUUCUUCCCAAUGGACCUCCAGCCGUGCAACCAGACAGUGACUUCCGAUGGAACUAACAUGCAGCUCAAUUAUAAGUUCCUUUAAAAUUAAUUUAUUUACGUGCCAACAAUCUUUCAAAAUAAAAAAAAAUAACAAAUGA